CUGGGAGAGAAGAGGGGGUUGACCACAGAUUCAAAUUUGAUCUAUGUGCAACAUCACCGCAUUCUUCACUUCAGCAUUUCUCUCUCUGCAACAACACAGCUGGUGACACAACACGCCUCACUGCUGCACAGAUGAUAGCCAGAGGAAGGAGAAGAGACACAGACUAUGAUUUUCAUUUGAACCUAUAAUAUUAGGCACAUGCACAAAGAAGAAAGAGUGAAUUCUCUUUGGACUUCAAUGACUAGGGCUGAACAUCACAAAAAGCAGCAUGACAGCAAACUUCUCCAUUACAUCUGUUGCAGCCACCUUCCACACCCCAAACAGCUCCACUCUUCUCACCACCCUGAACUCUGAACCCCACUGUGUGGACCAUGGGGCACUGCAGAGCCCACUGGCAGUGCUCUACUCUAUAAUCUUCAUCCUGGGUCUCGCUGGGAACCUAGCGUCUUUGUGGGUUUUCUUCUGUGUUCACACUAAGAAGAACUCUGUGCGGGUGUUUCUCAUAAAUGUAGCUUUUGCAGACUUGCUACUGGUGGUAUGUCUGCCAUUCAGGAUACUCUAUCACAGCAAAGGCAAUGUGUGGCACCUGCAUCCUACCUUUUGUAAAGUAGUGGGCAACCUCUUCUACAUGAAUAUGUACAUCAGUGUGGUGCUGCUGGGGCUGAUCAGCGUGGAUCGCUACCUGAAGAUCCAUCGAGAUGCAGAGAUGCCGCGCAGACUGCAGAACACGAAGUGGAGCGUUGCCCUCUGCACAGCGGUCUGGACUACAACCUUUGUCGUGAGUUUGGUGCUCCUGAUGUCAAACAGUCAGUCACAGCAGUCACAGUUGAACAGGUGUUUCCACUACAAGCAGCUUAUGAAUGAGAAGUGGAAAGCCUACAUCAACAUCUCCGUGCUGGUUGUCUUCUGGCUGGUAUUCAUCUCUCUCAUUGUGUCUUACGGGAAGAUCGCCCGCAAACUUCAGAAAAGAUCCCAAGAGAAACCAGACCUGCCCAACGCCGCCUGCUACACUCGAACCGCCAAGAAGUCCUUCUUCAUCCUCUUUCUCUUCACAGUCUGCUUUGUCCCUUAUCAUAUAGUCAGGGUGUUCUACAUUAAAACCCAGAUCACAGACACCUCAUGUCACUGGAGAAGUGUGGUAGACAAAGCCAAUGAAGUGGCUUUGCUCUUGUCUGCCUUCAACAGCUGCCUGGAUCCUGUGAUGUACUUCCUGUUGUCCUCUUCGGUGAGGAAGCAGGUGCUGCGCCUGGUGAGCAGCGUGUUGUGCUUGCGAGUCUCUGCUGGAGUCAGCGGGAGCAGCUCCUCGGCUGAGACCGAAGGCACGAAUAGAAGGGCUGGCAGAAGACAAAUAUCAGCUUACUCAGCAGUUUGAGGGAGAACACAUGUACUGAAAUCACCCUGGCUACGUGGUGACAGCAUCAUCGUCCCUCCCGCCGGGGGAGGAGGCAGCAGCGUUGAUGGCCUCUCUCCUCCACAUGGGUUUGGCACUGUCACAAGAGGUGAUGAUGGUCUGGAUUUGUGUUGGUGACAACACAGAAACCACACAGAGGCAAAUAAUGCAGGAAGUAGUUUUACCACAGCCUGUUUCACCAAUAGUUACAAAUGUACCAGCCUCUGUUUCCAAUGUUAGUUAAACUACUAAUGGCGUCCUUUUGUUAAAGCUUGCUAUGUUAACUGUGUCACACCGCUAACCAUCCCCCUUUAAGUCACAACUCUCUGUUGAGCUACAUGCUGAUGUAACAGCAGCCUGGAGUGUACUGUGCGGUGCAGGUGGUCACUGAUACAGGAUUUCUGAGAUUAUUUUUAAAAAUCUGAUAAUGAUGUAUUAACUGAUGAGAAUUUUCUUGCACAAUCCAUAACAUGAAUAAACAUUUUA